AUGGCGACUUCCGAUGGGGUUGCGGUGGAGGUGCACGGGACAACUCAGCUUCUAAAUUCUAUUUUGAGUUGGUACGAUGAGACUCGUCCUAUGUGGAUUGACCUUGUAGGAGAUUAUGCUGGAAAAGAGUUAUUUCUUCUUGAGGGAGACUCUCUUUUAAGAGAAUGUUUCGCAGAUGAAAGGAUUGAUUUUCAAGAUGGAUUUCAACUGCUUCAUGCCGUAUACGUAGUGGAGCGAUUCCUUGAGAAUUUAGUCAAGAGACAUUGCAACUUCCACAUUGCUUUCUUCGAGGAGAAUCGGCAAUUAUGUGUACCACCAGGAGUGAAAUCCACACAUCGAGCUCGGUAUCUCCUCGCUCGAACAGCGAUUCGACAACAUUUACACCACAAAUUACCAUUAUCACAUCCAGAGAUUGUGGUCAAUACUUUCCCUUCCUUGGAGAGUAAAGAGUUCUCCAGUUAUCUUCAUGCUACACCGAUACACUUUGUCAUGUCGCACGACGGGGCUGCAACGGCAAAGCAACCUCGCUCAUCGAAGGAAGAAAAGACCAUUCUUCGAGGAUUGAUAUGGUUUUUUUAA